GUUUUGCACAUCCAGGAAACGCAGUAGUGGAGACUAAAUAACACACAUCAUAGCAAGCAACAUUACACGUUACCAGCAGAAACCAGGCUGGUAUUUAGCACCUGUAUAUGCUCCAGUGAAAUGACAGACCAGGGUAAUAAUAAUCAGAGCAUCUCUCGAAACCCAUUUGCUGCCCUCUUCGGUUCUCUUGCGGAUGCAAAGCAGUUUGCAUCAGGGCAAAAUCAACAGCAGCAAGACAAACCACCAUCGGAAGACUCUGGUGAGAGCCAGUCUGAGUCUGAAAAUUCAGUGUCUGACAGCAUUGAGGACAACGAUGACUCUGUGGCAGAGAUCAGUCGUUCGUUCCGAUCGCGCCAGGAGCUCUGUGAGCAGCUCAAUGUCAAUCACAUGAUCCAGAGGAUCUUUCUGAUCACACUGGACAACAGUGACCCCGGUCUCAGAAGUGGCAAUGGCAUUCCUCCUCGAUGUGUCUACCUUGAAGAGAUGGCAGCUGACCUUGAUGGUCAAGACUGGCUGGACAUGGACACCAUAGAGCAGGCUAUUUUCACCAGGCUACUCUUACUGGAUCCAGGGAACCACCUCAUCUACAUGACCUCCUGCAGUGCAGCAAAUCUGUCAGCAGACCGCGAUGCUGGGGAGAAACAGGCCAUUCCAUACCUUUACGCCUGCUACCAGAGAGCUAAGGAAGAGAUCACAAAAGUUCCAGAGAAGCUGCUGUCAUUUGCAGUACGCUGUAAGAACCUGACUGUGUCAAACGCUCGCACAGUGCUUCUCACCCCAGAAAUCUACAUCAGUCAGAACGUGUACGAACAGCUCCUGGACCUGCUGCUGGAGGCAGUGAACGGAGCCCAACUAGAGGAGGUCGUGGAGUUUUUAGAAGAAGUUAUCGCAAGCCUUUUAACUGAUCAGGAAGUCCGCACGUUUGGGGAGGUUAUGGUCCCCAUGUUUGAUAUCUUUCAAGGCCGUGUAAAAGACUUAGACCUCUGCCAACUGCUGUUUUAUUCCUAUCUGGAUAUUCUGGUGUAUUUCAGCCGGCAAAAAGAUAUUGCCAAGGUAUUGAUGGAACACAUUCAACCCAAAGAUCCUAACAAUGGACUUCAGUAUCAGAAGACCCUUUUGGGUACUGUGUUAAAUGUUUCUUGUCUACUGAAAACCCCUGGGGUAGUGGAAAACCAUGGGUUUUUCCACAGUCCUUCCCGUUCCAGCCCACAGGAAAUGAAGAUUCAAGAGUCUAAUAUCCACCAGUUCAUGGGGCAGUUUCAUGACAAGUUGCACCAGAUACUGAAGAACCUGCUGCAACAGUCUGGCGAGACACGUCACAUGCUGCUGUCCUGGCUGGGCACCUGCCUGCAGGCCAACAUGGGGCGGGCCAAAAUUUGGGCCAAUCAGAUGCCUGAGAUCUUCUUCCAGAUGUAUGCUUCAGAUGCAUUCUUCCUAAAUCUGGGUUCUGCACUACUCAAACUCUGCCAGCCUUUCUGUCGCCCUUGCUCCCCCAAACUCUUGACCUUUAACCCCACCUACUGCACUCUCAGGGACUUGAGUGAGGAGGAGAGGCGCAAUAGGAACGUACAUGCCCGAGGAUUAGACAAGGAGACAUGUCUGAUUCCUGUUCCCCCUCAGCAGACGGUUGAAUUUGCCCAAUCGUACAGCCUUCUCACAGAAAAUCUGAUCCUCACUCAGCUUGCCCUGCACCUUGGCUUCCACAGAUUACAUGAUCAGAUGGUGAAAAUGAACCAGUCUCUGCACCGGCUGCAGGGCACAUGGCGGGAGGCCCAGCUCGGUGGAGGCCCAGUGGCAGAGCAGCUGCGAGAGCAGUUUGAGCGCCUCAUGACCGUCUAUUUGUCUACCAAGGCGGCAGCCGCCCAGCCUGCCAUGCUUAACAACUGCCUGAAUCUGCAGGCCUCCUGUGCAGCCCUCCUGGUCCAGCUCAGUCUGGGCAACCAGGGCCCAGAACAUAUACCCCUCUCCUUCCCCCUGCCUCCACUGCAGAACAGCCUGCUCUGCUAUGUGCCAGAGUUCUUUGCUGAGAACAUGGGUGACUUCUUCAUAUUCCUCCGACGCUUUGCUGACGAGGUGCUGGAGUCAUCAGCAGAGAACUUGGAGCAAGUGCUCAACUUCAUCACUGUGUACAUGGGAAGUGUGGAGAGAAUGAAAAACCCUCAUCUGCGGGCAAAGCUGGCUGAGGUCCUGGAGGCUGUGAUGCCACAUAUGGAGGCUGUGUCUCCUGGCGCUCCCCAGCCUAUCAUGUUCCAGAGAGAGAGGGUGUUCAGCUCGUACUGCCAUGCGCCUUAUUUAGCAGAGGCUCUCAUCACAGUGUUCGUAGACAUUGAGUUUACUGGUGACCCUCACCAGUUUGAGCAGAAGUUUAAUUACAGGAGGCCCAUGUACCCCAUCCUGAAGCACAUGUGGGGAGAGGAGCGCUACAGGGAGAGUAUUAAGCAUCUGGCAGAUUAUGCUUCUGAACAUCUAGAGGCCAUGAAUCCUCCACUCUUCUUAAGGUUUCUAAACCUGCUUAUGAAUGACGCCGUCUUUUUACUAGAUGAGGCCAUUCAGUAUCUGAGUAAGAUCAAGCUCUUGCAGUUGGAGAGAGAUCGAGGUGAGUGGGAGGGGCUGACCCCUGAUGCCCGCAGAGAGAAGGAGUCCAGUCUGCAGAUGUUUGGACAGCUGGCUCGCUUCCAUAACAUCAUGUCAAAUGAGACCAUUGGCACCUUGUCUUUUCUCACAUCUGAGAUCAAAGGUAUUUUUGUUCACCCUUUCCUUGCUGAGAGGAUCAUCUCCAUGCUCAAUUACUUCUUACAACACCUGGUGGGGCCCAAGAUGGGGGCUCUGAAGGUGAAAGACUUCAGUGAGUUUGACUUCAAGCCUCAGCAACUGGUAUCAGACAUCUGUACUAUUUACCUGAACCUGGGAGAUGAGGAAAACUUCUGUGCCACUGUCCCAAAGGAUGGCAGGUCGUAUUCACCCACACUUUUCUGCCAAACUGUACGAGUUCUGAAGAAAAUCAACAAACCUGGUGACAUGAUCAUGGCUUUCAGCCUCCUAGCAGACAAAAUAAAGUCUCUGGCAGACCGGCAUCAGCAGGAAGAAGAGACCUACUCAGAUGCUCCUGAUGAGUUUUUGGACCCCAUCAUGUCCACCUUGAUGCUUGACCCAGUGCUGCUUCCUUCUUCAAAUGUGACCGUAGACCGCUCUACAAUAGCCCGGCACCUGCUCAGCGAUCAGACGGACCCUUUCAACCGCAGUCCACUCACCAUGGAUCAGAUCAGGCCCAAUGAGGAGCUCAAGCAACAGAUCAUGCAGUGGCUGGCUGAGCAUAAGCAAAUGGGUCCCAGUGGCUAGUCCACAUAGUUUACUACCAUCUCAACCUUCAGGCACCAUCCAGCAGAGAAUUGCAUACUCUGUCUCCUUCUCAUACACUUCUGUGCCACAGAAAGAAAACAUUCAACCAUUAGUGAAGACCAGUCCACUAAAAUGGUGUAGGUUUAUUGCUUAAGGUCAAAUACAGAUGUGCAAAUGCCAUACCUCUGUAGUAUUUUAAGCAUUUUUCUCUCUAAGGCUCCUAAACAUUUUCUGAUCAUCUGCUCAAAAUCCUAAUUAUCAUCAGUAAUUAAGAUCUACCUGGAUAGACAGCUUUUAUACUGCUGAAUUAAACAGCUCAUAUUAAUUUUACCUUGCUAUUUUUCUUGUCUGUUUUUUAUCCAGCAGAAAUUUAUUUUCUCUUUUUCAAGGAUGUUGGUGUACAGAUGAUAUGCAGGUCUGCAAAAAUACAUUCAAAACAAGCUGAAUAAUUUAUCCCCUUUUAAAUUAUAAUUAAUUUGUUGAAACCAUUUUGCCAUGCACAGGAUUAGUUACCCUGACAAAAAAAUUAAAAGGGCAAAACUAGCAUAAAUCAGUUGUUACCUAAGUCCAUUAGAAUUGCUUUAUUCAUUUAAUACAAUAAUUAGAUGUCAAAACAGUAAAAAUCAAUGUUUGCGAUAUCUGAAAUACAUUAUACCUAGGACACCUAUGGCCAUACAUUAAUUCUUGAGUUUAACCUUUUUGCAGGAUAUAAUGGAAUACAUUGAGCUGUGAUUUGUAAUUGCUAAUUGAAUUUUUUUUGUUGUUGUUGUUGUUGUUGUUGUUUUUAGAGGACCAUUAUUAGCCACUGAACUAAUGGCUUGUUAGCUUUUUGUUAUUUAAAAUUGAAAUUUAUUUUUGUUAUUAUGGAAUGGGAAGUGUAUUGUAAUAUGUUUUUGCGUUAAAUGUUAGUGACACUGUGAUAAGAUUUUGAAACAAGUACUCUCUUUCAUUUUACUUAGAUUCAUUGUAUCUAGCGUUGUCCCACCGAGUUACUUCUCGGAAAGAUGAGUCAGAGUAGACAUGAUGAGUCAGUUACUGUAACUAGCUCAUUAUAUGCCAGAUGACUUCAGUGCGUCUUUGCCAGUGACCCUGAGAAACUACAGAUGUCCUGGGGGUUUGACAUUGUCCUCUAAAUAGAGAACUUUAAAGAUGACAUCAACUACUCUUCAUCCUGCUAAUGUGAGGGUGUAUUAAUGGUUGUUGCCUUCAGGAUAACUGUUUUGGAGUAUGUGUGCAUGUAGUUUGUGGUUUUUUUAACUGCCCCCAGCUCAUUAUGUUUAACUAUCUCCAGAGAGUGUCACAAGUUCUGCAAUUACACAAAUAAAUAAGUUUAUUAAUUAA